AUGGCCUAUAGAGGAGAUGGGCCUGGCCAGCCUCUCUCAGCUGCGCUCUCCCGUGUUAGCCCUGGAAGUCAUUCCACAUAUAGAACCCAUACCCAUAAUAUAUGCAUGGUGUCGGACUUUUUCUACCCAAAUAUGGGAGGUGUGGAAAGCCACAUUUACCAGCUCUCUCAGUGCCUGAUUGAAAGAGGGCACAAAGUCAUAAUUGUCACCCAUGCUUAUGGAAAUCGAAAAGGCAUCCGUUACCUCACUAAUGGCCUCAAAGUCUAUUACUUGCCUCUGAAAGUCAUGUACAACCAAUCUACAGCCACGACCCUCUUUCACAGUCUGCCAUUGCUCAGGUACAUAUUUGUUCGGGAGAGAGUCACGAUAAUCCAUUCACAUAGUUCUUUUUCUGCCAUGGCCCAUGAUGCCCUCUUCCACGCCAAGACAAUGGGGCUCCAGACAGUCUUCACGGACCAUUCCCUUUUUGGAUUUGCUGAUGUCAGCUCGGUGCUUACAAACAAGCUUCUAACUGUGUCUCUUUGUGACACAAACCACAUAAUUUGUGUCUCUUAUACUAGUAAGGAAAACACUGUGCUAAGAGCAGCACUGAAUCCUGAAAUAGUGUCCGUCAUUCCUAAUGCGGUAGAUCCUACUGACUUCACUCCAGACCCAUUUAGAAGGCAUGAUAGUGUAAUAACUAUUGUUGUUGUCAGCAGACUUGUUUACAGAAAAGGGACCGAUUUGCUUAGUGGUAUAAUACCUGAACUCUGUCGGAAAUAUCCAGAUUUAAAUUUCAUAAUUGGAGGAGAGGGACCAAAGAGAAUCAUUUUGGAGGAAGUACGAGAAAAAUACCAGCUUCAUGACAGAGUGCGUCUCUUGGGAGCCUUAGAACACAAGGAUGUUAGAAAUGUCUUAGUUCAAGGACAUAUUUUUCUUAACACUUCCCUUACUGAAGCAUUCUGCAUGGCAAUUGUGGAAGCAGCCAGUUGUGGUUUACAGGUUGUAAGUACCAGGGUUGGUGGAAUUCCUGAAGUACUUCCAGAAAAUCUUAUUAUUUUAUGUGAACCUUCUGUAAAAUCUUUGUGUGAGGGAUUGGAAAAAGCUAUUUCCCAAGUGAAGUCAGGAGCAUUGCUGGCUCCAGAAGAUAUCCAUGACAUUGUAAAGACUUUCUACACCUGGAGGAAUGUUGCGGAGAGAACUGAAAAAGUAUAUGACCGUGUGGCAGAAGAAGCUGUGUUACCAAUGGACAAACGACUGGACAGACUCAUCUCUCACUGUGGCCCAGUAACAGGCUACAUUUUCGCUUUGUUGGCUGUAUUCAACUUUCUCUUUCUCAUUUUCCUGAGAUGGAUGACUCCAGAUUCUGUCAUCGAUGUUGCAAUAGAUGCCACAGGGCCAAAGAGUGCCUGGACUUAUCAACACCCUUACAGUAAAAAAGGGAGAAACAGUAAUGAGAUGUCUAAAACCAGGUAGAAGAAAGCCUGGAUUGUAAGAUUUUAAACAUUUGUAAUAGUUCUAUUAAGACUAUUAAAAAUAACUUUGCUUUUUUUUUCUUUUUUUAAGAGUUAAUUUAGUAAGUUAUGCUACCUCUAUAGCAUUCAAUGUUUUAUUUUGAGGAAAGAUAAAAACUUAUGCAAUUCCUGAGUGUAGAAACUCCUUGCACUUAUUUAAAAUUUAGGAGAGAACAUUUAAGCCACUCAGGUAUGAAAUUUUUCAGACUACUGAAAUCCCUCUAGCAGAGAUGUUUUAACAUUAUAUUUUGGGAGCUUUGGGUGCUGAAGGGCCAAACGUUUUCUGGGCAUUUUUUGGCCAGAAACAUUUAAAAUUUAAACAUUUAAAAUUUGGUUUUAAAUGUUCUACCAUUAAUUAGACAUUCACCAGAUGUUUACAAGUUUUCUUUAGGAAAGUACAACUACUAUGUAAACUAUUUUAAGUCACGUUCAUACAGAUUUAUUAGACAUUUAAGUCAUGUUCUUAAACAUUUAUUGGGUAUACUCAGUAAGUGUUACAUAUAAUCAGCAGGUUCCUUGAGUAAAGUGGUCCGUCAGUUACCAGUAUGUUUUAAGCACCUGCUAUGUGUAGAACAUUGAACUAGAUCCUUCCUACCGUUAAGGACCAGGGGCACAUUCACUCUUUAUCACUCAAAUGGUUCACUUCAUUGUAGUGACAGUUGACAUAAAAUAGUAAAAUAUCCAACAUGCCAAAAAUGCUCAUGCUUUUAAUGCCAGGAAAAAGUUGCCGGCGUAUUCCGAGUACUUCCUUGAUCCUGUUGUAUGCAUUCUCCUAGGUAGAGCCUUCAUCUUCAGUUGUGUUUAUGAAAAUACAUUUUGCUUUUGAAAUACUAGGGACCGAUAUCACUGUUGAUGAUAGUGCAGAGAAGCCCUCCACGUCUUUCAGUGCAUAGUGUAGUCCUCUGUAAAUGCCUUCGUGUUUUCUGAGCAGGAUGUAUGAGGUGUGCCAUCUCAAAAUCAGCUGCUACCCUGUACCUUUGAUAGAAGUCACUUCCCUUCCCCUGUGGCCUAGCUAAUGUCUGAUAAGUAUUGUCAGUGUGCAAAAGUCUUUAACUCAGAAAUGUUUUAUUUAUAGCACCUGAGUCUGAACAUUUUAGGGACACAGUCUCUGUGGAUGGAUGUUGUUAACUGUAAUUGUUGUUGCCCAGAGCCAUGGGUUUUUAAACCCCACUUAGCCACAUGGUGUGUCUUACUAAUUCUUUGAACUCCUUAGAAUAAGUUUUUGUGAUAAAGGACUGUGAAAUCGAAAGAAUGAGGCACUUGUGGGUGCACUAGAUAGAUUCUGGCAGUAUUGUGAUUCUGUACAGGAUUUUAUUUUUAAUGACAACGUUCACAAAACUUCUUUUUAAAAAGUAUCUUAACAUGGCUGUUGAUGGUUGCCACUGAUAUAUAAGAAAUAUAUUUGUGUUUUGUACUAAAACACAAAUGCAAGAGUGCAAUUUUUAAAAUCUAGAAGUUAGGGGUUCUUUUGUUAAAGAAAAAUGGACUGACCCAAACCAUUAAAUCUUAUUGGAAUUUUUAUGCAUAGAAACUGACUUAUUUAAAUAUGAAAUAAACAGUGCCAAUAUUCAUGAUGAAGUGAGAAACUAACAUUUGGUUUUAUUUAUUCUAUUCAGCAAUUAUUCAACAGUUUUUAAAGGAAUACUACUGUUUUUUUCCUAUAUUUUUGUUUCUUAGCAUUUUUUCAGAAUUGUCAUUUAAUUAUUAAAUUGUCAUUAUUUCAGAUGGAAAUAGGAUUUAAAGUUCUUCUUGCAUGUAAAAUAUGUAAUUUACAAAUUUAAAUUAUUUUCCUUUUUUAACAAAUAGAAGUAAAUUUGCUUGUUCUAGUAAAUCUUAAUUUUCAGGCUUCCUGGAUACCUUAAUCGUAACCCUCAGUGUUGCACUGGUCAAUAUGUGGAAACAUAUUGUUCUACCCUGCUACUUAAAUUUAUUUGAAAGUGAACUUGCAGUGAUGAAGAAUUUAUGAAAAAGAUACUGUAUUUCUUUUGCUGUUACAAAAAGUAGCACAUGUAAAACUAAUUUAUGAAAACGUGCUACAUGUCCCAAAUAAAGACCAAAAUGACAUUUUGACAA